CUUGGCGUACCUGAUAAACAACUAAAUGAGAGUACUGAAUAUAUUAUUUGAAAAAUACACUGACCCGAAAAAACACCAUAAAUGCCUGUCUGAAACAUCCUUGAAGGGUCCUCACUGGGUCCUUCAGGCGCCUCACACAACUAUUCGGUUCUCUCCCCUGAUUGGUCAGCUUUAUCCGUUUCGUUCAUUUGACAAGCAAAAUAGUGCUAGGCUGAGUUUGAUCGUGAGAAAAGAAAAGCUCUGUACAUUAUCUUCACCUGUAUACAGCAAGCAUGUCCGAGGAGCGGUCUGAAAGAUCUGAUGGGAAGAUGGUGAAGAUGGAGAUUGACUACAGUUCAACUGUAGACCAGCGUCUACCGGAAUGCGAAAAAAUGGCUAAAGAGGGCAAACUGCAAGAGGCUAUUGAGGGCUUGUUGUCAUUGGAGAAGCAAACCAGAACAGCAUCUGACAUGGUGUCCACUUCCAGAAUCCUUGUAGCUGUGGUCCAGAUGUGCUAUGAAGCCAAAGACUGGGAUUCCCUGAAUGAAAACAUCAUGUUGCUCUCCAAAAGGAGGAGCCAGCUCAAACAGGCGGUUGCCAAAAUGGUGCAAGAAUGUUACAAAUAUGUGGAUGCUGUCGCUGAUCUGACCAUCAAGCUGAGACUUAUAGACACGCUUCGCACUGUGACUGCUGGCAAGAUCUACGUAGAGAUUGAGCGUGCCAGACUGACAAAGACCUUAGCCAAUAUCAAGGAACAGAGUGGAGAUGUCAACGAGGCUGCUUCCAUUCUCCAGGAAUUGCAAGUGGAGACCUAUGGCUCCAUGGAGAAAAAGGAGAAGGUGGAGUUUAUCUUGGAACAGAUGAGGCUUUGCAUUGCUGUCAAAGAUUAUAUUCGCACCCAGAUCAUCAGCAAGAAGAUAAACACCAAAUUCUUCCAAGAGGAGGGCACCGAGGAGUUGAAGCUGAAGUAUUACAACCUGAUGAUUCAGGUGGACCAGCACGAGGGCUCCUACCUGUCUAUCUGUAAGCACUACAGGGCCAUUUAUGACACCCCCUGCAUCUUGGAGGACAGCAGCAAAUGGCAGCAGGCCCUGAAGAGUGUGGUGCUGUACGUGAUUCUUUCCCCUUAUGAUAACGAGCAGUCAGACCUCGUGCACAGAAUCAGCGCAGACAAGAAACUGGAGGAAAUCCCUAAAUACAAGGACCUUCUGAAACAGUUCACCACUAUGGAGCUGAUGCGCUGGACCUCCCUGGUGGAAGACUAUGGGAAGGAGCUGAGGGAGGGCUCACCCGACAGCCCUGCCACAGAUGUCUUCUCUUACACAGAAGAGGGGGAGAAAAGGUGGAAGGACCUGAAAAACAGAGUGGUGGAGCAUAGACGGAGGUCAAACAUGGCUAAAUAUUACACCAGAAUCACAAUGAAGAGGAUGGCUGGACUCCUUGACCUCUCCAUUGAUGAAUCUGAGGAGUUCCUCUCCAACCUAGUUGUGAACAAGACCAUCUAUGCCAAGGUGGACCGGCUGGCUGGCAUCAUCAACUUCCAGAGGCCCAAAGAUCCCAACGACCUGCUCAACGACUGGUCUCACAAACUCAGCUCUCUUAUGGCACUGGUCAACAAAACCACACAUCUCAUUGCCAAGGAGGAGAUGAUCCACAACCUGCAGUGAAAUAAGAACUUAGUGCAUUAUUUUUAUGUUUUGGUCCAUGUUAGUUGUUUUUCCUUUCGUGGAUUUUUUUUUUUUAAUGUAUAUAUACAGUAUAUUGGCAGACUGUGAAUACAGCUUUAUUCCAAUGUUCUGUAAUUGGAGAAAAAUUUGCAGUAUAUACACAGCCUACCAACUUUUUUUUUCUUUUUUUUUUACUGUCAAGUAAUGCAUUGAGAAUAAAUACACGAGCACCUCCCCUCUUUGCAUCCCUCUGUUGGUGUCAUCAAAGACUGGAUCUCCACAUACGUUUCCCAUUGCCAUUUGUGGAACAUGCCACCAUACAAUCAUUUAGCAUUUAUUGCUAUAUGACAAUAUGGCUGAAAACCCUCCUCUUACAUAUAUACUUGGUAAUGUAAA